AUUUCUUCAGCACCUUACAUCGAAUAUUUAAUAUAUUGCCCAGCCCUAGGCUCUUUACUGGCUGUUGUCAAAGACCCAACAAGUCCUAAAUUAUAAACUUGGUCAUGUAACUUACGGCUUUUUAACCCUGAGGCACGAAAACGAAUUCUGCGGCUUGUUAAGAUGUGUGCUGUUAUAUUUUUUUAAAGGUUUGAACAACAUAAAUCAAUUAUGAGCAAUUGUAAUAUUGGUGAUAAACAGAUAAAACUCCAUUGUAAAUAUGCCUGAUUAUACCAGCUUUCUAGGUACAUUUGUCCCAGAAGUGUCUCACAUAUAUCCCCAAUCUGUCUUUUUCUAGUCUGAGUGUGUUUGUAUGUCGCACGAAUAAGUCACUGCGUGUGUUUACACGUGUGAUGAACACAGAGAUAGCCGUGACAAUUAUAUUGACCCUUCGACUCUUCCUCCCCUGGAGAAUAAUCCACCUCGCAGUUAACCAGCCUGCACAACAGGUGCUGAUGGAUUGAUGGCUGGAGAGAUGAAUGAGUGCUGGAAGAAAGAGAGCGAGCGUAAGAGCAACUUGGAUUUCUCCAGAGAAAGAUUUGGUACACGUUACUGAGGGAACCACCAAAGAGUGAGCGAGGGAGAGCGAGAGAGAGAAUAGUGACUCAGUGAGAAGGAUAGUAAAAAAAGUGAGAGGGAGGGAUGAAGAGGUGGAAGGUAUAAUUACAGAGAGAGGAAGAGAGAGAGGACAAACAGAAGAGAGAAGCCAGAGAGCGAGAGGGUGCAGGAGAAAGAGUCAGAGAAUUGUCUAACCCUGCCCACUUUCCACUAAACCAUUCAACUCCGGUACAGUGAGCUCUGCAACGUCAGGUUCCUCCAGAGCCCCGCUGCACAAAUCACCGCAGCCCGGAGAAGGACCAGGACACAGGACCUAAAGAAGAUCUACACCUGCAGUGGACCUGCAAUCUCUCUCUUUAACUUUAUCAACAUGACUGCUCCCUUCAGAUAAGGAUUAUUUUUGGACUGGCCCCCAUCGAUCUGACAAAUAAGUCUGUGAUCUGCUGGCAGCCGAACGUGUUCGAGGCGACGUCUGAUUGAUCGCGUGAAGCCGAAGUAGAGGUGCGAGUUCGCCGUCUCUCAGGAUGUCCUCGUUCACUCUCGUGACGGGGGUGCUGCUGCUGUCCGGCUGCCUAUCGGGUGGCUGCUCACCCACGCCCGCCGAGACCCUUGUACACGGUCUGGGGCAGCAGCAGGCAGCUGACUCUCAGGGAGCACACGAUCCCACGACCCUCUGCCCGUCUUGCGCUCUUGCACAGAGACAGAAAGACUCGGAGGAGGAGAGCAGCAUGGUCGAGGCGGUCAAGAGGCACAUCCUCGGCAUGCUGCAUCUGAACUCCCGGCCAAACGUCACGCACCCGGUGCCCCGAGCCGCGCUGCUCAACGCCAUCCGAAAGCUGCACGUGGGGCGGGUGGGUGAAGAUGGCACGGUGGAGAUGGAGGACGAUGGAAUGGGGCUCGGAGAGCACAGGGAGCAAACCGAAGAGCAACCCUUUGAGAUCAUCACCUUUGCAGAACCAGGUGAUGCUCCUGACAUCAUGAAAUUUGACGUCUCCAAGGAGAGCAGCGCUCUAUCUGUGGUGGAGCAGGCCAACGUUUGGUUGUUUCUUAAGGUUGCAAAAGGCAACCAAAGGAAAGGAAAGGUGUCCAUCAAGCUACUGCAGCUUGGGAAAGCCAAUGACAACUCAUCUACAGGGCCCCAGGAAGUGGUGGUUUCCGAAAAGAUGGUGGACACGCGACGCAGCGGCUGGCACACUUUACCCGUGCCCGGCACUGUGCAGACCCUGCUGGACAGGGAUGGCAGCUCGCUCGGCCUGCGCGUUUCCUGUCCCACGUGUGCCGAAGCCGGUGCCGCGCCCAUCCUGGUGCCGGUAGAGGGUAGCAAGGUCAGGGAGAGAGAGCAAUCGCACCGACCCUUCCUCAUGGUCAUCCUCAAGCCAUCCGAAGAACAUCAGCACCGGCGCAGCAAGCGUGGCCUGGAGUGCGACGGCAAAAUCCGCGUCUGCUGUAAACGGCAGUUUUACGUCAACUUCAAGGACAUCGGGUGGAGUGAUUGGAUAAUCGCCCCAUCCGGAUAUCAUGCUAACUACUGUGAGGGUGACUGUCCCAGCCAUGUGGCCAGCAUCACAGGCUCGGCCCUCUCCUUUCAUUCCACCGUCAUUAAUCACUAUCGAAUGCGUGGCUACAGCCCGUUUAACAACAUCAAGUCCUGCUGCGUGCCCACGCGCCUACGGGCCAUGUCCAUGCUUUACUACAACGAGGAGCAGAAGAUUAUAAAGAAAGACAUCCAGAACAUGGUAGUGGAUGAGUGCGGUUGCUCGUAAGACUGAAGUGUGAACUGUUAUAGACUGAUCUUAAAUGUUGGUACAAAGCACAUACGAGAGGAUUGGCAUUCUGUGUUCACUCACAAACAUUUGAACUGUUAUCUCCAAACCUGGGCAACUUAAUUGUUUAUAGAGCGUUCCAAUAGGACUUACUGGAGUGGUACUUUUACAUACAAAAUGAAGGAGGAUAUUAAAGCAUAAUAUAUUUUUUUUAAUGAAGGGACAGAGACUGAGGGAACAUGGGUGCAUGGGUGAAAGUGUCAGCCCUGAUUCUCUGCACUGCAAUAAAGAGACUAUUAUUCUGAAGUGUGGAUUAUAUAUGCCGAAAAGAGGAAACAUGCAACUCUAUGCAAUGUCAAGUAUUAUUACUGGAUGUCCUUUUUUAUUUGUCUUAGCUUUUGGUUUUAUGUUGUUUUUAUUGUAAACCCAUUUCUCACAAAAAGAGUCAUAUUUUAGUACAUCAAAGUAGUUGUUUUUAUUUUGUUUCGUUUUUGAGGAAUACUUGAACAAAACUUAGUUUGACCAGCUGCUGGAGCCAAACUACAUUAUUAUUAUUAUUAUUAUUAUUAUUAUUAUAAACAUUAUGAAUGUUGAAGAAAAGUAAUAUGAAUUUGCACUAAGCCGACAUUUUUACACCACCAUUUUUCAAUAUUUUACUAUGUUCUUACCUCAACUUAGAAAAAUUAAUUCAUACCUAUCUUUUUUCAAAGCGCGCACUUUUAAUCUUUGUACAGCACCUUGUGAAUAUGUAAGCAUUUAGCAUAGCUCAAUUCAUUCCUAUGGCUCAAAACAGGGAUGAAUUUAUAAGCCACCAAACACUUUCAUGUUUUCCCUAUUUAAAGACUGUUACAUGAGUAGUUACACGAGUAAGUAUGGUGGCACAAAAUAAAACUUUGUUUGGAUCCUAAGGAAUGAAUGGGGCUAGGCUAACUGCUAACACAUACACGAAUCGCCGUACAAAGAUGAAAAGUGCAUGCAUUGUAAAAAGAUAGGUAUAUUAAUUUGUCUAAGUUGAGGUAAGAACAUAGAAAAUAUUGAAAAACGGUGGUGUUUUCCUUUAAGGAAUAGUUCACCCUAAAAUGUUUCUUUGCCCCCACUUGUCGGUCAAUCCCUCUGUGGCUUUCUUUGUUUGAAACCAAAAUAAGGAUUUAUUAAAAGCUUGAAAACGUUGGUAAUUAAGUAGUAGGGUGUUCACACAAGAACCCACUUUGUUUUGCACUGCAAACCUGAGAUUCAAUUAAGACAAAGCGAGAUUAGCCAUGAAUGUGACCUCACUUGAUCUUACUGUGGUCAAUAUUAUUUCUUUUUAUGGAAUCGUACUGGGUGUCGUACAUUUAAGCAACCAGGAAAAUACAGGCACAACAAGUCAAAACUUUAAUGUAGUAAUUGAUUAUAUUUUAAUUUCUUUUUAGAAAACCCAUUUUUUGCCUUCACUUGAAAUAUACGGCAUGAGUUGCAUGAAGGCAUUCCAUAAAAGUACUUUUGAAGCUUGAGAUAAGCUUCUCUCAAAGAUAUUAUCAAUGUAAACCAGAUAUACCAAAACAACAAAAAUCUCAAUUUUGUUUUUGGAGAACAAAGAAAGCUAUAGGGGGUUUGAUUGAAAUGAGAGUAUGAAAUGACUAAAUGAAGUUUUUUGGGUGAACUAUCCCUUUAGACCCAGAGCAGGACGGGCUAUAUUCCAGUUGCAAUAUGGGAGUGUCGAACUAUAUGCAUUUGGUACUUACAUAUAAACCAAAGACCAUACAAACCCCGUUCUCAGAGCAAAUAGCUGAAAUAGGCUCUUUAAAUUUAUUGAAAUUAGCGACAACAUUGUGUGGCCAACAUAAUAUACCAUUAACAGAAUAGCACAACACAUUUUUCUGUUUGUUUGUUUGUUAACAUUGAGACUUUUUACUCUGUUUCAACAGUGUUUGUCUUUACCAAUGUAUAACAAAGGUCUUAGAAUCUAAAGUGAAACACAACAUAAAUAUUCAGUAAAGAGAAAAAUCAUUUUCUUUGUCAGGAAUGAAGUUUAGGAUGCUACAGAAAGACUUUGGAUUAAAAAAUACUCUGUUUUAUGUGGAUUUAACAACAUAUGAUGAUAUGUUGCUAUGUUGUACAAAUCAAAAUAUGUGCUUGCUAUGUUUUAUAUCUAAUUUAUUUUGCAGCAUAUUCUUUGCUUCACUAUUAAAGCUAAAAUGUACAACUACA